AUGGAGCCAACCAACCCCUACAGCAAGGAACUUCACAUUGCGUGCCUGGCAAUCCAGAGGGCCACGCUUUUGACGAAAAAGGUCCUCGAGGCCGUCGACAAGGGGAGCCUUGAUAAAAGCGAUUCCACCCCCGUGACGGUGGCCGACUUUGCCUCCCAAGCGCUGAUCAUCAGCGCGAUUCACCACGUCUUUCCCGAGGACGACAUUGUCGGCGAGGAAGACUCGGCGGCUCUUCGUCGCGAUGCGAGCCUACUUGACCGAGCCUGGGACUUGGUCUCGUCUACCCAUCUUGAUGACCAGGCGAGCGAAGCUUUGCUCCAUACGCCAAGCUCGAAGGAGGAAAUGCUCGGGCUGAUCGACUUGGGGGCUCAAGGAACCUGUGGUCCCAAGGGUCGCUCCUGGGUCCUGGAUCCCGUGGAUGGCACGGCGACGUUUAUCGAAGGCCAACAAUAUGCGGUCUGCCUGGCACUGGUGGAGGAUGGACGCCAACGGGUUGGGGUCCUGGGUUGUCCGAAUCUCAACUUGGCCUCGGGCCGUAUUCAUGAGGAUGCAGUGGAUCGGGAUGGCUACGGAUCUCAGGUGUUUGCCGUCGCCGGCCAGGGUGCAUACAUGCGCAAGAUGGGAACGGGAGCCCUCGAACCCGCACACAAACUCGACACCAAAGCCCAAAUCACGGAGUACAAGGAUCUGGACUUUGUGGAUUGCGCGGCUUCCACGUCCUCGAACAUCGAAUAUCACGCUCGCCUUGCAGCUCAUAUCAACGCGCCAUGGCCCCACACGACCGAUUUAUGGGCGGCGCAGCUUCGAUAUAUCGCCAUUGCCGUUGGGGGCUGCAACACCUUGAUCAAAAUUCCGCGCAAAGCGUCGUACCGGUCCAAGAUCUGGGACCACGCCGGAGGAAUGUUGAUUGCCGAGGAGGUUGGAUGUACGGUUAGCGACCUGGCGGGUAAUCCAGUUGACUGCAGCCUGGGCAGGACCCUGGCGGAGUGUUACGGGAUGAUUAUAGCGCCUACAUCUAUCCACGGACGGCUCGUCGAGGCCGUGAAACAUAUUGUGUAA